GUUGGAAAAUGUGAUAAGUCUCUUUGGACAUGGUGUGUUGAGGCGACACUAGAACUGCAUCGAACUGUUUGGGAUCUGUUUUCUCAGGAACGGGAUCCUAGUUCCGCUCGCCUCAUGCGGCUUGUUCUUGCAGAUUACGUCGGUAGAGUACUUCAACCGCGAUGGGGCACACAGCUCGUGACUCAACAAGAGCUUUUGGCGUCGCUAUCAGCAAUUGGUUUGCCUUCUGCCAACGACGAUGGGGAAAGCUUGGCGUUAAGUGGGAUCACUCUGGCCAUAGAAGCUCUUAGUCAGCUAAGUGAAGCACAAAUCAAAGGAGAAAGGAAUGAGAUUUCGAAUGAAAAGGAAAUCGGCGUAUCAAAGGAAAGAAGCAGUUUUUCUCGCGUUCCGAAAUGUUGGGAAUGUCCAUCAACUUCUUCGGUUUCGGCAGAAUCAGAUCGACGAGUUAUUGAAAAUUGUGGAUCGGUUGUAAUUUUCACGGCGUACACCGAAGAUGAACGCUUAGCUGAACUGGAAAAUGAAGUGGCUGAUAUGAUAAGCGGUCGGAAUAGGAUUAUCAAAUCGUUGCAGGAUAGCACAUUUUCUUGCAUAAAUCAUGUGAAGCUGUACAUCAUCAACGUAUUUCCUGGUGACCAACCCUCUAAAGUCUCAUCUAAAUCAUUCAGAGAGGUUUCGAGCACAAUGUCAUCAUGUAUUCUUUCUCGUUCAGCGGGUGUUGAAUUAAUUUCUGCGAUUCAUUCUGUAGCUAUAGAUAUUUAUGAUCUUGUAUCUACUACAGUCUCCGGGAUUCCAAUGAAGGAGGAAGCUCAACAAGGCCAGCCUGCGAUUGCAAUUAAUUAUGACGUGGAAUUGCUGCACAGAAGAGCAGCUCAUGCUCAACUUGAGCGUCUUGGACUCGUCACGGCGAACAGUGUGGAAGAUGUGACAGGUUCGCUCAUGAUAUUUUCUGGCAAUGCAACAUACCCUACCACUCGUCUUGUAUGGGCGACUCCAGUACCGAAAGGACGAUGGAAUAUGUUUCCACGCACGCGACAUGCCUCUACAGUAACUCCAUCUGCAGUCAAUAGUCGCCCAUCGGUGUGCUUGUCAUCUUAUCUCCUCCAAGGACGAAAUGUGAUGCUGGAAAUCAACCAUGUCGCGAAAAGCGAAGGUUUGCUCGGAAACGUGGGAGCAAAACUGAUUGCACAUACGCUAAUUGCACAUGGUGGCCAUAUCUACAUCCAUGCCAAUGAUCUUGGCCCUCACAAACUAUUGGACGCUCAGGAGGUUCGUGAGAAAGUGAAAUUGAAAAGAACGACGAAUGCUCGGAUAUCUGAUUUCAUUUCUCUGAUCAAAGAAUCUACCUUGAGGAUGGCUAACGAUGCGGACAAAAAAGUAAAGAUUCCGAAUACGAAUGUGUUGUGCGCUCAACCACGUCGUCAACUACUUCGAGUCACUCGAUAUUGGCCUCUCCGCUCUGACCAAACUUUCAUUUACAGUAUACCUAAGCGAUUUGAUGCCUUCAUCUCCAUCAUCAGGCAGCCACAAUUGUCUGCGGCCGAUGUUGAUAAAUGCAAGCAGGUAAUUCAUCAGUUGUUAGCACUGAAAGAUUCGAAAGAACGGCUCGUAGAUGGUUAUGUUGCCACUAGGCUUCUAAAGGACACUGGCUCGAGAGAUGAACAACUGCAGGUAUUCCUUUUCUUCGUGCAGUCUGCUGGACUUGAGCGCAGUGUGAAGAUACCCCCAUCCGAUGUAUUAGUAGCAGACAGAAUUCGAUGUAAAUGGCAGGAUUCUUCCCCGAUGAACUCAGCUGUGCCCUCCACUUCUCUCACAUCAAUUGCUGCGGAUAUAAGGAAUUCGAGUCGUAGCGAUUCUCCUCUGCCUAAAAAGCCAAGGAAAGCAUGCUACCUAUGGAAGCCAAAUGAAACUUUGAACCUGUACGACUACCUCAUGGAAAAGGAGGAACGUCAGCAUCGAUCACAGUGGGUGGACUUUGUCGGUCGAGUGAAAGCUGGAAAUCGUCCAGCAGUUCUUUAUCCUAAUCUUGAAUCUUCAUCAGCAUCUGCAAAACAAGAUUAA